UUUGCUUAGAAGCGACUGACGCAUUAUGGAUCUAGCACUCAAGAGGCCAUGGGCUGGGUUGCUGUUCUUCUUCUGGGUUGGGAUGGUCCUUUCUGAAACAGGAGAGCCCUAUGGACCUCAACUGAAAAUUCAUCGCAAAGCAAUAGAACGCAUAAUCCAGAAGUCCAUGACAGAGGGGAACAUUUUGGAUGAAAUGUCAUCUAUGGCAACGAAGAAUAAGGGUGGUGCCCAAGCGAUCAAAGGCAUGAAAGCGAUGAAAGUUAAAGAAAUCACACCCCCUGAAAUUUGCACAAAGUUAAUUCCACACAACCAAAUGCAAACGUCAGUGAUCACUAGCAUCACAGUUGCUGGGAAAAGCAAUGUAGGUGGAAAAAUGGAGAUCACUCUGAAAGCCAAAAUGAACAUCAUGAUUAAGAUGUCAAAACACCCCACAAAGCAUAUUGGGAUGGAGAAAAUGGGAUGUGAAGUGCAAGUGUUGGCCUGGACAACCAACCUUCCCAGCAGGAUGAUUCCGAAAGUAGUGAAUAAGUUUUUGAAUACUACGCUUGGGAAAGUCAUGCCUGGCAUGAUGUGCCCAGCAGCAGACAAGGUGAUUACAUUUAUGGAGACAAAAGUAGAAGCUAUGUUUGAAAAGAAAUCUUUCGGUAAGAACGGAACUCUGUGGUAUGAAGUGGUUGAAGAACCAGCAGUCUUCCCAGAUUACAACUUCAUUCAUCUCAAGGCAAGAGCGGCUGGCUACAUCAUUCAUCAUACCCCCACAUUUUCACCAGUCAGCACUAAUUUGGGGUGA